GCCGGACCCUCCCUCCUUCCACCACGUGUCCUCGCGCCCUCCCGAGGGGCCGCGCGCACGGGAAGCGGGAGCGGCGGAGAGGAUGGUGCCGUGACAGCCGGGCCGCAGCCCUCGUCGCCAACCGCGGCCUGGGCCCGGAGGCCCCGUUCGGCCGGGCGAGAUGGAGUCUACCACCUACCCCCUCAAUUUGACCCUGAAAGAGGAGCAAGAAGAAGAGGAGAUUCGGAACCUGGAGGAUGGCCCCACAGACAUGCAAAAAGUACGAAUCUGCUCAGAAGGCGCAUGGGUACCAGCCCUAUUUGAUGAGGUAGCCAUAUAUUUUUCCGAUGAGGAGUGGGAAGUUUUGACAGAGCAACAAAAGGCCCUCUACCGGGAAGUCAUGAGGAUGAAUUAUGAGACCGUCCUGUCCCUGGAAUUCCCAUUCCCUAAGCCAGACAUGAUCACAGACAUGGAAAGGGAGGAGGAGUCUCAUAAUUCUGAUGAGUGGCAACUUCAAGGAGGAACAUUUGCAGAAAAUGAAGACUCUGACUUGAAGCUUCCAGACUGGGGAGACCCAAUGAAUGCCACCUCCCAUUUUCCUCAGCCUAGGCAUCUUGAUGGCUUUGGCCUGCGUCUGCCUCAGGAUAUCACAGAGCUGCCUGAGUGGAGUGAGGGCUACCCCUUCUACAUGGCCAUGGGCUUCCCAGGGUAUGACCUCUCAGCUGACGACUUAGCCAGCAAGUUUCAGUUCAGCCGGGGCAUGCGCCGCAGUUACGACGCAGGCUUCAAGUUGAUGGUGGUGGAGUUCGCCGAGAGCACCAACAACUGCCAGGCCGCCAAGCACUUUGGAGUGCUGGAAAAGAACGUUCGAGACUGGCGCAAAGUAAAGCCUCAGCUCCAAAAUGCCCACGCCAUGCGGCGGGCCUUCCGAGGCCCCAAGAAUGGGAGGUUUGCACUGGUGGACCAGCGCGUGGCAGAGUAUGUCAGAUACAUGCAGGCCAAAGGGGACCCUAUCACUAGGGAGGCCAUGCAGUUGAAGGCUCUAGAAAUUGCCCAGGAAAUGAACAUUCCAGAGAAAGGGUUCAAGGCAAGUCUGGGCUGGUGUCGGAGAAUGAUGAGAAGGUAUGAUCUGUCUCUGAGGCAUAAAGUGCCGGUACCCCAGCAUCUGCCCGAGGACCUGACUGAGAAACUCAUCACCUACCAGCGGAGUGUGUUGGCUCUCCGCAGGACACAUGACUAUGAAGUAGCACAGAUGGGGAACGCGGAUGAGACGCCCAUCUGCUUAGAGGUGCCCUCCAGAGUGACUGUUGACAAUCAGGGUGAAAAGCCUGUCUUGGUCAAGACACCCGGCAGGGAGAAGCUGAAGAUCACAGCCAUGCUGGGUGUCUUGGCUGAUGGGAGGAAGUUACCCCCAUACAUCAUUUUGAGGGGAACAUACAUCCCCCCUGGAAAGUUCCCCAGUGGCAUGGAAAUCCGCUGCCAUCGCUACGGGUGGAUGACUGAGGACUUGAUGCAGGACUGGUUGGAAGUCGUGUGGAGACGGAGGACAGGAGCUAUGCCCAAGCAGCGAGGGAUGCUCAUCCUGAAUGGCUUCCGAGGCCAUGCCACCGACUCUGUGAAAAGUUCCAUGGAAAGCAUGAACACAGACAUGGUCAUCAUCCCAGGGGGCCUGACCUCACAGCUGCAGGUGUUGGAUGUGGUGGUCUACAAGCCACUGAAUGACAGUGUGCGGGCCCAGUACUCCAACUGGCUUCUGGCGGGGAACCUGGCGCUAAGCCCCACUGGAAAUGCCAAGAAGCCACCCCUGGGCCUCUUCCUGGAAUGGGUCAUGGUUGCCUGGAACAGUAUCUCAAGUGAGUCUAUCAUCCAAGGGUUCAAGAAGUGCCAUAUCUCCAGCAACUUAGAGGAAGAAGAUGAUGUCCUGUGGGAAAUUGAGAGUGAGUUGCCUGGAGGAGAGCCACCAAAAGAAUGUGAUUCUGUGACUGACAGCCACUGAAGGAAAAGUUGAGAUAAUAUUUUCAAUUUUCUAAGCAAGUUACCACUCCAGGAACCCAGUGAAAAACUGUCAGAAGAGACAGGGCAGAAAACCAUGCUAAGCCACAGCUGUGAACUCAAGCACUUAGGUCCAUGUCAGCAUGAGCUUCUGCUCUUCCAGAUGUUAAGUUCCCCAUGCAGCUGCUGAAGUGAUGGGAACAGACAGGGAUUCACAGUAAAUGAGAGAUUCAGGAGACCUGGGCAUAAAACUGCCUCCUGCCCUGUUUGAAAAUCUAACUAGUGAGUACUAUUUUUGUUAAAAGUUAGAAGGCAACUCCAAAUUCCAAGUUAAUUCAUGCUUAGGUUCUCUCUGUUUUCCAGCAAAUGCAACUGUAGUAGAAACAGUUGGGGCAGAAAACCCAUGAGAAGAUGGUUUCCUGAAAGAGUGGAUGCACAGGGACCAAAAAAGGCUCUGGGCAUCCCAUCUCAAGACAGCCGCACCUACCCUGUAAGGUGUCAGCCAAGUAUAGGACCCUUAAUUUCAGAGACAAAACUAGAAAAAAAAAACUUUCUGCCCACUUCUUUUGGAGAUGUCUCCUUCUACCUGUUCAAGAAACUGUAAAUAUGAACAAAGGUAAUUCCUAGAGAAGAGAACGUUCGUUCAACACCAAGACUCAGCAUUUCACCACAGCUCUAGUGGUGUCCUUUGUGUGGAGAAGAAACCUCGAAUAGAUGUUCUAUUUUGCCUUUGCAAAUGCUUCCAGAGGUAGAAUGUGUUUCCACAUGGUUCAAGACUACAGAAAAGAUUUCUUGAAAUGUGUCACUGAUGAACUACUGUUCCCCAUUCCUCACUGAGGAAAAUGAGAAUGUUAAUAACAGCAAAGUUAAGACAUUGGCUUGAUACUAGAAGAUGGCUUUUCUGUAGAUAAACUAGUUAGUGUGGAAGAUAAGAGUUUAAAAUAAAUGAUGCUGUUUUACUUAUCUUUCCAUUCUGGUUGGCAGCUAUACCUUUUUAGGGUCUGAUUUAAUGACCCUAUUUUUUCCAUUAUCCUAUUUAAUGAUAAGGCAGCACUUAGCACACAGCUUUUCUGUUUCUCAGGCUGCCUGCAAAAGUCACUAACUUAUCUGCUAUCUACAUGGAUGUACAGGGCCCAUUGACUCAGCUUGUAUGGUUAAGUUUAUAUUUUUUGUCACAAGAGCAGUGGGAGCGAUUGAGCCACGGCUAUUUCAGGACUUCCACCCUAUAAGAAUAGGCCUGAGGUCAUUAAUUUUUCCACAGUAGUAACUUGUAUUCCCAUGUAGGUUGACUGUUAUGAAAACAUUUCUUCAAAGCUAUCUGUGCUACAGAACUUAUACUAGGACCUUCUAGAUGAAGCCAUCGCUAGCUCUGUCAUUCCUAAUAUUCAAUCUGGAUAACAGACUGCCAUAACCACUGUUCCUUCCUGUUUACUCAGCUCACAUGGAUACUAUAAGCUGUUCUUGGCAUCUUGAAACACCAGCUUCUACUCAGGUACUCAUUUUUCUGCUAGUGAUUCACCUUUCUGACCUUUUUUAACCAGUCAUCCCAUUCACCCAGUUUGUCAUUUUCCCAAACACAUGACAAUUAUUUGUUUCCCCCAUUUGCUUUUAUUUGUACUGUCUUGUCAUCCCAAAAUGGCAUCUAAACUCUGCUACUUUCCAUGCCAUAAGCACCCUGCCCUACUCCCUGGCUUUUUUUUUUUUUUUUUUUUGGUCUUUUUGAGA